AUGGGACAGGCUUGUGGUUCGUGUACAGGUUAUCAAGAUUAAUACAAUACAAAUUGUGUCGAUGGAUCAAACUGGUGUGGAAGCAAAUAAAAAGUCCCUCCAAAUGUUCAGGAUGAAAAUAACAUUACUAUUGAUUAGAAUGGGGGCGGAUAAUUGUAAAGAAGCUAUUCCCAUAAAAACUCACUUAAUAUUAGUUAAGGAACAGGCAAAAUGAGUCGUCAAGGAGGAAGCAGUAAUAAUGGAGACGAGAGAACUUAAGCUAAGAGAACCUCAAAAUAAAAGAGUCAUGCUGGCAAUGCAAGCCGAGCAGAUUUGUUGGACAUUAAGGAAGAUAUAUAAGCAGGAUAUGACUCAGAGUUUUUGAAAAAAAAUGCUUUAGAUCCGAAAGAGCAAUUGAUUCACGUAGACAAGAUUACCUUCGAAGAUGGAUCAUUAUACUCUGGAUAAGUGAAGAAAUCUUAACCUGGAUAACCAUUGAUUAAGCAUGGGAUGGGAUAGUUAUAGUGGAAAGAUGGUGCAAAGUAUGAAGGUGAUUGGAGAAACGGUAAAGCAUGUGGAUAUGGUGUUUUCAAUCACAUUAAUGGAGACAUUUAUGAAGGGGAAUUCCAAAAUGACAAGGCAAAUGGUAGAGGGAGCUACUAUCAUAAGAAUGGCUCUAAAUUUUAAGGAGGCUGGAAGGAUGAUCUCAAAUAAGGGCAUGGAAGAGAAGAAUGGGAUGAUGGAUCUUAUUAUGAAGGCUACUUUGAUAAAGGAUUGAAACACGGAAAUGGAUACUACAGAUGGGUUGAUGGCUCAACAUAUGAUGGUAAUUGGUUCAAUAAUAAUAUACAUGGGUAUGGAACUUAUAGCUGGCCUGAUGGACGUAAAUAUGUGGGAGACUGGAAAGAAAAUAAGCUACAUGGAAGCGGAAUCUAUACAUGGGAAGAUGGAAGAAAGUAUGAGGGUCAGUAUGUUGAUGAUAAAAAGGAAGGCUUCGGUAUAUAUGUGUGGCCAGAUGGAAGAAAGUAUGAUGGCAUGUGGGCCAAUGGCAAACAGCAUGGAGAAGGAAAGUUUUAUAAUGCAAAAGGGAAAAGUAAAAGAGGAAUUUGGGAAGAUGGAGAACGUUUAAAAUGGUUAGAUAAAAAAGAUGUGUCUAGCAGAGGAAAACUAACAGAAAAUAAAUCAUAAUACAGGGAUACAAUGGGCACCCAAGACUAAUAGUAAGUUCCUAACAUUUGA